AUGUUAAAUUUGGCAACUCUGGCGAUCGUAUUUUCAACCUACGGAAUCGGUAUCCUUGAAGCGCUUGUAACCUGUAGAGAAAAUGUAGAAAUUUGGGUUAUUUUUCGAGAUAUUGAACAAUUGCUGAAUUCUGGGGGUAAACAGCAGUUGGCGCAAGCAUUCGCCAAAUGCUACCUGGAGUAUUUCAUUCGAUUCUUUUCAUCGCUUCUUGUGUACAUUGCAAUGCUUCUUGUUGAAGUUUUCGUAGUAAACCACGAUCAGAUCAAAAUGCAAAUAUUUGUUUUCACCUUCAACAUUACGCUGCUCAUUACGUGUUUUCGGAUCUGUCAUAUUGAACUAUACUUGAGCAUAGUUAACACGUAUUUGAGUGAAAUUGAUCGUCAACUAUCAGAGCUGGUUCAAGCCAUUGAUUAUGGAUUACAGUUGAAAAACACAAAAUACAGCUUACACAAUCUUCGUAGGCUCAAGCGACUAGAAAACUGUUUCAAAAAAUGUGCCUGUGGUUUCGAAACGCUCAAUCGCCAGUUUGCGGUCAGCACCGGUUUGAACUGUCUGAAGAUUAGAUUCCUACUCAUUGAAGAUAUCUAUUGUUUAAUUGAUAAGCUUGUGCAAGGAUCAUUCCAGCUUGAAAUGGGUUUUUUUCGGCAUCCCAACAAGCUUUUCUCCAUGAAUUGGAUCUGGACCUGUGAAAACCUGUAUUCAAAACGACAUUCUAUAAUCAGCACAUUGAAUCUAAUCGAAGUUGCUGGAAGAAACAGUAUUUUUAAUAUUCUUGUCAAUAAUUUAAUAUUUCAAAAGUGGUAAACAAAUCGUAACGUGCAUUAAUUUUCAGAUAACACAUUUUCGAAUUGCAUUGAAUCAGCAUGAG